AUGGCAGACCCGACGUGGUCCUGUAGAGAAACUCGGACCGCUUUGGAACCGGAAAUGCUAGAGAAAAUGAAGUCAACGUAUUGGCUGACUCGAAUUGUUUUUCUUCGGGCGCUCUGCUUCGUCUACUUCGUUGCUUUCCUUGUCGCAUUCAACCAGGCGCAAGGGCUUGUCGGAUCAGAUGGCAUUCUUCCGGCCCAGGCCUACGUCACGAACGUCACAAGAGCGAUGGCCGGAGAAGACGCCUGGGACAAAAUUAAAGCCUUCCCGUCCCUGUUUCUCGUUCUGCCCGCCAAUGACUUCUGGAUACACUGUCUCCCGUUUCUAGGCCUGCUUCUCUCUUUGGUCACGGCCGUACUCGGUGGGGGCAAUGGCUUCGUCAUGCUGUUCCUCUGGAUUCUCUACCACAGCGUGAACAGCAUUGGCCAGGACUGGUAUUCUUUCGGCUGGGAGAGUCAACUCCUUGAGAUCGGCUUUCUCUCCAUUUGGCUCUUCCCCUUCUGGAGUUGCUCGCGCCUCCCUGCCUCGUGGCCGACGCCAAAGAUCUGCGUGUGGGGAAACCGCUGGCUGAUGUUUCGGCUCAUGCUGGGGGCCGGGCUGAUCAAACUGCGCGGCGACAGCUCCUGGACCGAUCUCACGGCUCUCGACUACCACUACGAGACCAUGCCGGUUCCCAAUCCCUUUUCGUGGUAUAUGCACAACCAGUCGCACGCUGCGCACGCUUUUCAGACGAUUGUGAACCACAUCGUUGAAUGCGUCUUCUGCUUCCUGCUCAUUGUCCCGUUCCGCCAGUGCCGCCUGUUUGGUGGUGUCACACAAAUCCUCUUCCAGGCGGCAAUCAUUUUCUCGGGGAACUUCUCGUUCCUCAACCAUCUGACGAUCGUGCCGGCUAUUAUGGCAUUCGAUGACAAGUUCCUGACUUGCCUCUUCCCUUCCAAAACCCUUGAAAGACUGCGCCCGCUUCUUCAGGGUUGCCCAGGGGCUUGGUCUCUGCCGAAACACCAGGCCUGGCCUCUCGAUUCCGUUUCAGGACACAAGGAAGGCAACCAAGGGGUCGGCGCCGGGAAAGACCCCGAGAGUGCUGCGCUCCUCAACGACGGCGAGGGUCGGCCGGACUGGUCCCUCGACAUUGACGAUUCAAGCCAAGCGCCGCCGCGCACAUGCUGCUGCUGGUAUUCGCCAAAGCUACAGCGGUUCUUCCGUUCGUUUCCACGCGUCAUUUUCCCGCCUCGUGCGCGAGACCAGAUGAAGCAAGAUUUGGAGGAAUCCUGGAGGAAGAUGCUGCUCGAAUGCGUCGCCGCAGGAGGAGCGUUUACGCUGAUGGCUAUGGCGACUACGUCCGGAUCUCCUUCUCUGUUGAAUAUGAUGGGCACCCUUCUCUUGUGCCUUCUGCUUGCGGCGUCUUCCCACCUCUACACCAAAACAAUCACGUCGAAUGUCUUUGCCGAGUUAGUUCUUCUUGUGGCGUCUCUGUGGAGUGCCGUUUCGCUUUACAAGCACGGACCCUCACCGUUACGCUUGUGGCUCAUGAUCUUCCUCUUUUCCAUUCUUAUUGCAUUCUCUUACAAAACCCUUCAAAACGCGGUUUUGAUCUAUAGAGUUCACGUGGAGCUCCUCCUUCUUAUUAUUAUUAUCAGUUUGUCUAUUCCCGUUGUAGCCAACCUCCUGUCUCCAAACCAGGAACGUUGGGAGCUCAUCGUACAAGGAACAGACGAUCUGACUCCGGACGAAAACAGCACUUGGAUGAACUACGAAUUCAAGUGCAAGCCCGGUGACGUGAACCGCCGCCCGUGCCUCAUCGCGCCGUAUCACUACCGCCUAGAUUGGCUGAUGUGGUUCGUGCCCAUGGACGGUGCGGAGAUGGCAUUCGGUCGGCAUCCAUGGUUCCCACGUUUUCUCGCCAAGCUUCUUCAAAAUUCUCCGAGCGUGACCAGUCUUUUAGCGGCUAAUCCAUUCAAAAAUAAAGACCCUCCUACAGCCGUCCGGGUGCUUAAGACGCUGUACCGGUUCACCAAGAGACCUGCGUUCGGGUCCGGCCCAUGGUGGGAAGUUGUGCCGCAGUCGACAACGGUGUACGUGGCCCCCAGCGAUGUGCCUGACGCGGAUAAGCAUUUGGAGCAGAUGCUGGUGCUGAAGAUGGGACAGGAGCGGAAGGCGGAAGCCGAGCGGCUCAGAAAAGAAGAGGAGGAGCUCAAAGAGGAGCAGAGGAAGGCUCGGGAAAGGGCCGAGGCAGAGAGAAAGGCGGAAGAAGCGAAGAGAAAGAAAGCGGAAGAGGAGCGAGCGAAGAGGGAGUUGGAAGAGAAGAAACGCCAAGAAGAGGAGGAGGCGCUGCGGAAGAAGGAGGAAGAAGAAAUGAGAAAACAGGAAGAGGAACAGCGAAAAAAAGACGAGGCGGAAGCAAAGGCAAGAGCGGCGGCUGAGGAGGAGCGAAAGAAGAAAGAAGAAGAAAUGGCACGUCUACAGGAGGAGCAGGAAGCCGAGAGGCAGCGCGUGGCUGAAGAUGAAGAAAGGAAGAAAAAAGAAGCCCAGAGAAAGGCGGAAGAAGAAGCAGCGAAGCUGCGCGAAGAGGAAGCACGGAAGCGAGACGAAGAAGCUGCUAAGCUGGCAGAACAGAGGGAGUCCCUUCGACGUGCCGAACAGAAGGACCAGCAAGCAAAGCAGAAACUGACGGAAUCAGCUGAAAAGGCGCAAAACCAGAAGAAAAUACAAGCUGUCGCUCAGAAAGAAGGGAAAUCCCAAAUGUCUGCCCCGGGUAUCGAAUCUGCGCAGGGAGGAGUCCCGCUACGAGCAGCGGCCCUGUUCACCCGGCAGAAAAGAGCAAAACUGAACCAGGUUCACUGA